UCAUGAGACUCUCAAAAGGAUUACCUUGAACUGAAGUCAUGAGACCAAGGCUUGAACAAAGAGCCGGCUCACAUGCUCAUCAUAUGAGCCCAGCUUCAUAAAGUCAUGUCGUUUCAUAUCUGCUGGGCUUCAGUGGGUUAGGAGGACCCGGGUGAGAGCAGCCAGAGAGCUGGAGAUAGGGCUGGGCUGCUGUGAAGUUUCUUCAGAGUUCUUAGAGUUAUUGAGAGUUCUUGAGUUCUUAGAGAGUUCUUGAGUUCUAAGAGAGUUCUUGAGUUCUUAGAGAGUUCUUGAGUUCUAAGAGAGUUCUUGAGUUCUUAGAGAGUUCUUGAGUUCUAAGAGAGUUCUUAGAGUUAUUGAGAGUUCUUAGAGUUAUUGAGAGUUCUUAGAGUUCUUGAGUUCUAAGAGAGUUCUUGAGUUCUUGAGUUCUUCUUUACUAGUAGUUGGGUGUUGAGUUACUCUUGUGCUCCUCUUGAAGUUUCAACUGGUUGCUCUUCAACUCAGGGCCCACAAAGCUUGGAUUGAGAAGACGUUUCAGAAAAGAGAGUGUAUCCAAAUAUUUCCCAGCAAAGAACCAAACAGGUGCAGUUGUGGUCAGGUAGUGAACCAGCAUGUGGCCAUCAUUCCGGGGGCGACCACUAGGGCGGCGGAAGAGGCAGGUCAGAUCGGUCAGGGGGCGGUGCCCAUGGAACGCUGGUCCGUGCUUAAACACACACAGGCCACGCCCACAGACACAUACGGCAUCAUGGAGUUCCAGGGAGGAGGACAUGUCAACAAGGCCAUGUACAUCCGUGUGGCGUACGAUUCCAAGCCAGACAACAUGCUCCACCUGAUGGUGAAAGACUGGCAGCUGGAGCUCCCCACCCUGCUCAUCUCCGUCCACGGGGGACUGCAGAACUUCGACCUGCAGCCCAAACUAAAACAGGUGUUUGGAAAGGGUCUGAUCCAGGCUGCGGUCACCACCGGAGCCUGGAUACUCACUGGCGGAGUCAGCACUGGGGUGAUCCGGCAUGUAGGAGAUGCGUUGAAGGACCACUCCUCAAAGUCCAGGGGGAAAGUAUGUGCCAUCGGGAUCGCUCCAUGGGGCAUCGUGGAGAACAAGGAGGAUCUGAUAGGAAGAGACGUGACACGUCCGUACCAGGCCAUGUCCAACCCCAUGUCCAAGCUGUCUGUCCUCAACAACAGCCACUCCCACUUCAUCCUAGCAGAUAACGGGACCCAGGGAAAGUACGGCGCAGAGGUCCGUCUUCGCCGUCAGCUGGAGAAACACAUCUCCCUGCAGAAGAUCAACACACGUUUGGGUCAGGGGGUGCCUCUGGUCUGUCUGAUCCUGGAGGGGGGUCCCAACGUCAUCUCCAUAGUCCUGGAGAGCCUGAGGGAGGACCCCCCUGUCCCGGUGGUGGUCUGUGACGGCAGUGGACGGGCCUCUGACAUCAUCUCCUUCGCACACAGAUACUCUGAGGACGACGGCUUGGUCAGUGAUAGCGUGAAGGAUCAGCUCCUGGUCACCAUCCAGAAGACGUUUAACUACAACCGCGGUCAGGCCCAGCAGAUCUUCCUCAUGGUGAUGGAAUGCAUGAAGAAACGAUCUCUGGUGAGUAGGGAAGACAUUAUUAUACAGGAUAUGUUCCCAUAACUUAUGACGCACGCAAUGCAUUGGACAGGAAUUCUAAGUGUUAUGCUAAUAAUGCUAACGAAUUCCUGUCAAAUGCUUUGCGUGUGUCAUAAGUGACGGUUUUAGUAUCUAGUAUCUAGUAUUUUUUUUAAGCCUUACGUACAUUUUAGAAACACUUUUUUUUACCACAUACUGUAAGUAAAAACCUAACGUAUUCAAAAUAUAUUCAAACAUUAAAGAUUAUAAUUUGUGAUGAAAGUAGUGUGACAUUUUAAUAAUUGAAUUGUUUUAUGUUAAUUUGAUGCUUCAAUAAAACCGUCCCAUU